CCCUCCCCCCCCGAGAAGACAUAUAAACGGCUGAGCCUGUGAGUCCGUACACCUCUGCCCUCACUGCACCACCGCCCUCAGGCACCCGCCUGGCCCACACCACUGUGACCCGAUCAAGUCGUCAGAGAGUGAGAAAGAAAGAGGACUACUCAAAGAACUUUGAGAACAAGUUUUUCUGCAUUUUAUUUAUUUAUCGAUCUACGUAUUUGGUGAAAUGGCAUGCAGAACUUGCCUCUGGCUACUAGGGACAACAUUUUUUACUUGCACAGUCCGCCUGGUUGUUGAGGGUACGGAGGUGGGAGCAACCCAGGGGUCGCACUCAGAGCCAGGGGUGGUGGGAUUAAACCACAGCCAGGCUGGAGAGGGCCAUGGGUCCAGCAUCUCAGGGAUACAAAUCGUGACCUUUAAGUGGCACCAUGUGGAAGCCCCCUACCUCAUCGCCUUAUGGAUACUUGUGGCUGGGGUAUCCAAGAUGGUGGUCGAGCUGAACCACAGCCUGACCAGUGUAAUCCCGGAGAGCGCCCUCCUCAUCAUCAUCGGUUGGAUCCUGGGCGGCAUCAUCUACGGGGCAGACAAGAUGCAGACCUUCACCCUGACACCCACCGUCUUCUUCUUCUACCUGCUGCCCCAAGUCAUCCUGGAUGCAGGCUACUUCAUGCCCAACAAGCUGUUCUUCAGCAACAUGGGCGCCAUCCUGGUUUACGCUGUGAUUGGCACCUGCUGGAACGCUGCCACUGUGGGUCUCGGCCUCUGGGGGUGCUGGUUGGGCGGGGCCAUGGGUGAUAUGGACAUUGGUCUCCUUCAGUUCCUGUUGUUUGGGAGUCUAAUUGCUGCUGUGGACCCUGUGGCUGUGAUUGCCGUGUUUGAGGAGGUCCAUGUCAACGAGGUCCUGUUCAUCAUGGUGUUUGGGGAGUCCCUCCUCAAUGAUGGUGUCACAGUGGUGCUGUUCAAUGUGUUUGAUGCAUUCGUGUCGCUGGGAGGGGCAGAAAUUGAUGCUGUAGAGAUCAUUAAAGGCAUAAUCUCGUUCUUCGUGGUGGCAUUCGGAGGCUCCUUGGUUGGUAUUAUCUUUGCUCUGCUGAUCUCGCUCCUGACCAGAUGCACAAAGAACAUCCAGAUCAUCGAGCCAGGCUUCAUCUUCAUCCUGGGCUACCUCUCCUACCUGACAGCUGAGAUGCUCUCGCUAUCCGCUAUCCUGUCGAUCGUGUUUUGUGGCAUCUGCUGUCAGAAGUAUAUCAAUGCCAACAUGGAUGAGAGGUCGGUCACCACAGUACGAUACGUCAUGAAGGUGUUAGCCAAUGGCUCAGAGACCAUCAUCUUUGUCUUCCUCGGCAUCUCGGCCAUAGAUCCAGCUGUAUGGGUUUGGAACACAGGCUUCAUCCUCCUCACACUCCUCUUCAUCUUUGUGUUCAGGUUCAUAGGGGUCUUUCUCCUGACCUGGAUUUUGAACAAGUACCGACUGGUUCCCUUGGAGUUCAUUGAUCAGGUGGUGAUGAGCUACGGUGGCCUGCGAGGGGCAGUUGCCUACGGCCUUGUGGCCAUGCUGGAUGAGAAUAAGUUCAAAGAGAAGAAUUUGAUGGUCAGCACCACCCUCAUAGUGGUGUACUUCACUGUCAUGCUGCAGGGAAUAACCAUGAAACCACUGGUCACCUGGCUGAAAGUGAAGAGAGCAGCCGUGACAGAACUCACACUAGCUGAAAAAAUACAGAAUAGGACCUUUGACCACAUGCUUGUCGCCAUAGAGGACAUUUCUGGACAAAUAGGACAUAACUACAUGAGAGACAAGUGGCAUAACUUUGAGGAGAGGUGGUUGUGCUGGUUCUUGAUGAAGCCCUCUGCCAGGAAAUCCCGUGACUACAUAUUCAACAUCUUCCACCAGCUCAACCUCAAGGAUGCCAUGAGCUAUGUAAAGGAGGGAGAACGCAGAGGCUCAUUGGCGUUCGUUCGGAAUGAGACCAAGGCCGAUGUGGAUUUCAAUAAGAAGUUUCGUGCCAGUUUCUCUGAGAUUAUGCCUGACAUCAUGGCAGAUAAUAUGGGACCGGAUCCUGUUCCACUCUCCUCUAUCUUACAGGACAUUGUGCCCUCUGUCUGCCUAGACAUGCAUGAGCAGGACCUGACAAUGAGGGAGUCAGAGGACUUUAAUGCACACCAUCUACUGCAGCAGCACUUGUACAGAGGCAGGAAACAGCACAGACACAGGUACAGUCGGAGCCACCUCGAAACCAACAGGGAUGAGAAUGAGGUGCAAGAGAUCUUCCAGAGAACAAUGAGAAGCCGUCUAGAGUCAUUCAAGUCAGCCAAAAUGGGUGUCGCCCCUGCCAAGAAAAUCCAAACCAAGCAUCAAAAGAAAGAUAAACCACAACAGAUGUCAAAUGGAAACUCUUCGGAUAAAAGUAAAAACCAUCCUUAUGGGGAUAAAGAUUUUGAUUUUUCUGAAGGAGACUGUGGCUUUGGUGGCGAGGCUGCUGGCGAUUUAUUCCCCAUGAGGGCCUAUAGAGUAGAAGUUGGAAUAGUGAACCCAGCCUUCAUGGCAGAGAUGGACCCCAUGGACAACAUGCAACAGAUCCCACAUGUAGCACUUCUUCCACAAACGUUGAACUCCUUUGACACCUAACCCUGGGUCCUGGUCGUGACCCCAGUUGCCAAAGAAUCAAACAUUGCACCUGCUCUUUGACAAAACAUUUACUAGGGCAUGUUUUCUUUGCUGUGCAGUUGUUUAACCAUAGUUCUGUAUCCCCAGACAAAACAUUUCAGGUCCAGUAACCCUUGUGCUCUCCAAAAAAGGCUUUCAGUCUUGACUGAGCUCUUCCCUCUUCUUAGUGUAUGUUUGGUUGUAGGUUAGGUUUUUUUUUUAAAGUAAAGGGAACUGUGCUGUAUAUAACUCCAUUGUAACACAUGAAGAUCAUCAUGAGUCCAACACCAAAUACGAAUGUUUGACAUUUGACCUUGCCAUCCAAAUCCAUGGUAAAUUCUGACCCGGUUUACCUGACAAAACCAAUCCCUCAAACAAUCCAGGCUUUGCCUGGCUUGCUCACAUCCCAUGUAGGCUGACAGUAAAAGAAAGUUCAGUCACACUUUAUUUGGAUAGUCCCAUAUAGAUCAUCUACGGCUGGUCAUAUUAUUUACAUUUUAGUCAUUUAGCAGACGCUCUUAUCCAGAGCAAGUUACAGAGUUACAGUGCAUUCAUCUUCAAAACGCUAGGAGGGACAAGCACAUAUCACAGGCAUAGCAAGUACAUUUUUACUCAGUAAAGUAGGGUGGGUGUCAGAAGGGGGGAAGGAGAAAGGUAUCUAAGUGCCAUGUACAAAGCAAUGAUAGGAGAGACCAUGUGAGGAUAUGAAGGAGCUCCUCCUGACCAGCUUAGCUGUCCACAUCCCUGUUCUGUAAACUUGCAAUGAGUCACUCAGCCACGGAGCAGGAGGGGCUGGGAGGAAAGGGGACAGUGCGAGUCAUAAGAUGCGGAAAGGAGGGAGGGUAGGGCCGACGAGGCAGAAUCAGGAGACAGGAGAGAGAAGGAUUUAGCAGAAGGGAGAGAUGGUAGAAUAGCAGAGGAGAGAGUAGUGGGAGAGAGAGAGCGAAGACCAUGACCAUUUGGGUAGGGGCUGAAUGGCUAGGUUUGGAGAAGAGUGAGACAGAAAAGGAAACAAAGAAGUGAAGAGGGGGGGGGGUUGCAGUGAGAUUAGUAGAAAAGUGAGGUCAAGCAUAUUGCCUGCCUUGUGAGUGAGAGGGGACUGGGAGAGGCUGAGGUCAAAAGAGGCAAGGAGGGGAAAGAAAGAAAUGGAAGGCAGAUGUCGGGAGGGUGAAGUCGUCAAGUCUGAAGAGUGGUGAGUCAUCACCAACAAAACACCAUAUCAAGGUGUCAAGCUCAUUGAGGAACUCUCCAAGGGCACCUGCAGGGGAUAGAUGACAACAAUGUUAAGCUUGAGUGGACAAGUGACAGUGGCAGCAUGGAAUUCAAAUGAGAACAGGUGAGUGAGGGAGAAAAUAGAACAUUUCCACUUCGGAGAAACGAGUAGCCCUGUGCCACCACCGCAACGACCAGAUGCUCUCAGACUUUGAGAGAAAACAUAGUCAGAUGAAGAGAGAGCUGCUGGAGUAGCAGUGUUCUCUGGGGUGAUCCAUGUCUCCGUCGGGGCCGUAGAGUCAACGGACUGAAGUGUACCAUAAGCUGAAAUAAACUUGCCGUUCUUGACUGCAGAUCGGCAGUUCCAAAAGCUGCCAGAGACCAGGAAUUGCACAUGGAUUGCGCGCGCAAGGUACACUAAAUUAAAAUGGUUGCAACCAAGGGGUGGGGAGAGUCUUUGAAGCCUACAGGGAGAGGAGUGGAAAGGUAUAGAAAACACACAGUUUCCAAAGCCACAAAAAAGCAAAAUGAGAUCAUCUGAAAAUAACUAGGUAAGAUACUGAAGUGAGAGUGUGGUGUGGGAGCCUUCCUAUCUUUCCUUCCUCUAAUAACUAUGCAGAACAACAAGGCAGAACAGUGUUAGUUUUGAGACGAGACCACCACUGACACGACCACAGCUUACAGCUGCCACUGAGAAAACAGAGGAGAUUGAACAAACUAUACUGUAUGUUGAUAAGCAACUGCUUGCUAAGGUUACAGUUACGGUUAGGUUUGGAAUAACCGUUAGGGUAAGGGUUAAGGUAAAGAUUUGGGUUAGGAUAAGGUUAGAGUUGGUAAGGUUAGUUGAAAUGUUGUUGAUAUUUAUUGAAUAUCUACUUGGGACAAUCCAAAUAAAGUGUUACCAAAAGUGUAACGACACACCAUAUUUAAGUUCAUAGAAUGAGACCAAACAAGCAAGUUUUUUCAGACUGUCAUUUUUGUGACCACCUCAUGUCCUCACCCUUUAAUGUGAUCAAAUUAUGUCGAUUUUUUGGAUGAUAAAGAAUAUAAAGCACUUUAUAUGAGUAAUUUAUUGAGAGGAUGACAUAAUCUAAUGCAAUUUUAACAAUUCACAAACAAUCACUU